ACGACGUGGCACCAUUUCCACCACAUUUUGUUCGUACCAAAACGAGAAGAAAACAUUCUCAUUUCUCAAUCAUUUCUCAAUCAAGCUGGUGGAGUUCUUAACAGAGAGUAAAUUGGGGUUCAAUUGAUUGAAGCAGUGGUUUUCGAAUUCAGGGGUUUAUGGAUUGAACUCAGAUGGGUGCAAUUGAAGUUCUUGAGAGUAAAAUUCAUGAUAAUGGGUCUGCAAUAUAAGUACAGGCAGUGAUGGAUUUAUGUUUUCAAGUUAGAGAUUGUGAUGGAUUUCUGGUGAUUGUUUAUUAUGAAGUUGGAUCAAAGAAGAGGUGUUGGUGUUGGGUUGUUGUGGAUGAAUUCGUUAAAAAAAGACAGGUGAGGUUGUGAUGUUAAUGAAGCUUGUGGUAACUGCAACAAUUUGUGAUGGCAGUAGUGGUUAACAGGUCUGCAGACGAAAAUGGAAGUUCAGAUGUGCAUGUUGGAGGGUGAUGAAUUGGUUGUGAGAAGCAUCAGUUGGCUGCAACACUAUUUCAGUCCAUAAGAAUGGUAUAUUGCAGGUUAUGUUGAUUCAACAGUAACAAUAGAAAAUGGUAGUAUUACCGAGAUGGAGAAGAAGGUGGAUGGUUGUUCCAUAAGAUGAGAUUUGGUGUUGUGGUCGAGUGCCUGGUAACCAUUGGCUGGUUGGAGAAUGGAAAGCUAAGUUGGUGGUAUGCCUGAAUUUUGGAAGUCAGGGUCAGUGAUUGAAUGGGCCUCCGGUAAUAUUUGUACAGUCCAGACACGAGUACCAGCAGCGUGGAUAUAUAUACCCAGUGAAUUUUCUAAACCAUUGUUAGGGUGAAAGGAUGAAAUUGUAGGUUGAUUUGCUUGUGUUUUCGAACAAGUGUUUCUACCAGUUGAACUUAAUACUAAAGUUUUGUCUCUCUAUCAAUGUAUUAUCUUCUAGUUAUGAUUUUUCAUGUUCUAUGCCAUGUAUAGUCCAUUGUUAGGUUUCUAGAAGAACUCAUUGAACCUUGAUAAUAAUUUCCUUAAGAGCAUUCUCUUACUUUGUAUGCCAUGUAUACCUAGUGGUUAGAAGUUCUACUUUAGGCUGAGAACAAAUAUAUCUUUUUGUGAAUUCUUGUCUAUGAAUCUCAAUUGCCAUAUCUUCCAUGUAUGAGUUGCUAGGUUUGCCAUUAUACAUGAGUAAAUUCGAGACCUUGGUAAGAUAACAUAAGUGAACCUAGCCUACAAUGGAUUCCUGAAUCCUUAACAUUCUUUUUCCUCUUGAUUGACACUUUAUUAAUCUAGUUUGCAUUCUAUUUUCUUAGUACGACAUCUGAAAUUUUCCACUUGAAUUGAUUUUGAUUAGGAAGUUGAUUGUAUCAGUUAGAAGUAGUUUAGAACACUCCUUGCGGGAACGAACCACAUUUGCUAUUGUGUACAUUUCGACACCGUGCACUUGCGGUAAAACAAAGUCGGUUUACCGACCUAUCAAGUUUUUGGCGCCGCUGCCAGGGAGUGGUCGAAAAAUACUCUCUAAUUGUUAUAGUUUUUUCUUUUUUCUAGUCGUAACUUAGUUUUUAUUUUCUGUAAAUAGUUUGUUUUCCUUUUUCUUUUAGAUUUUUUUAUUUUAUUUCUUUUUACGCAGUUUGUUGAACUUUCUUCAGGUGCCUGAGUUUGAAGAGCACAAUUGGAACCUCUCCAAAACAGGCAAAAAAGUAAGUAUCUGAAAUCCUCGCGAAGCUUUGCAAGGUGAGUUUGACUUGAAUUCUGCAUUUUGUUAGCAUAUGCAAGAUCUACCAAGUAGUUGGGAUAGAGAACAAUUAUUCGUCUUGUUAAAGUAACCCUUUAUACACGACGAGAACAAAUGAUGAGGGUACGAACCCUCCGGUUAAAAGUUUGAGAGACUAUAUGUACCCUACUAGAGUCUCUCAACUUUCAUGUAUUAUUUUGCCUACCACCUCAGCAACCUAUGAGAUUAGAGAAAGCACCAUUCAAUCACUUCCUAAUUUCUACGGUAAUGAGAAUGAAAAUCCUUACUACCAGAUUAGAUAUUUUGAAGAAUUGUGUGGUACAAUGAAGUUCAAGGACUUACCUGACGAGUUUCUUAAACUUAGGUUGUUUCUUUUGUCUUUGAAGGAUAAGGAAAAAUCUUGGCUGAAUGCAUUAUCUCCUUCAUCAAUUAGUACGUGGAAUGACAUGAUUAAUAUAUUCUUGCAUAAAUUCUUUCCUAAGCAUAAAACUACUGCCAUUCGUCAAAAAAUUUAUAGUUUUUCGCAACAAGAAGGAGAAUCUCUUUAUGUUUAUUUAGAGAGGUUCCAUGAUCUCUUGUUACAAUGUCCACACCAUGGAUUGGAUACUUCUAGGCUCAUAUCGAUCCUUUAUGAGGGAUUAGAUUAUAAAACAGUGACUAUGGUAGAAUCACUUUGUGGUGGGAAUUUCCUUAAUAAGAGUGCCGAAGAAGGUUACAAAUUUUUGCAUGAAAUAGCUGGAAAAAUCCAAGAGUGGGAGGCUAGAGAACCCAUAAAAUCAGUAGUUUGUAGUGAAAGGGUUCACAGAGUUGAUAAUGAAUUCGACUAUGAGGGCAAGUUUUCUGUUUUGACACGAAGACUUGAGUCAUUGGAAAGAAAUGUUACAGUCAAGCCUGUUGAGUGUAUUACGCAUGCAUCUUCUAAUCCUAGUGAUUGUACUAACCAAAGAAUUCCUAAUUUGGAAGAAAGUAUGAGUUUGUUUAUGCAUGCUACUGAAAGAUCUAUGGCGAACUUACAACAACAGCUAAAUGAGCUAGCCAGCCAACUGAAUGAGCGAGACAAGGGUCAGUUCCUGAGUCAAAUAUAGCCUCACCCUAAAGGUUCUUUUGAGGAAGGCACAUCUGGUGCUAAGCCGACUCAUCGUGUCCAGGACGCUACUACUCUCAGAAGUGGACGAGUCAUUGACAAUCAUGUUAGUGAUCACGAGGAGAAAGAGCAAGAUAGGAACCAUCCAACCAUUACACAUGUUACUCCUUCAAUACAUAAAGAAACCGCUGAAACCGAAAAAGGAUACUUUAGGAUGCCAUCUUCACGUUGUUUGAGAUUACUUGUUGCGUGCAAGCAGGGAACA